AUGCAUCCUAUAGAAAGGUGGAAAAGAUGGUUCUACCGGGGUUCGUUGGUUUUUGCCAUGCUAUUCCUCAUCGGCUUCUCGAUUGUACUACCAAUUGACUGUAUUGCUCAGGCUGCACAGUCUUCUAAUAACGCCUUGAAUACUUUCAUCGUCGUCGGAGCACUUGUCGCGUUUGGAGUGGCUUGCAUCGUUAUCGUCGUUGGGAGGAUUAUAUUCUACAAGAGUUGCAGGCGAUACAUACCGAGGCGAUAUAUCCCUAUAUCUGCAGCUGACCUUCCCCACAAAGGUAGCAGGAAGCUCAUUUUGGAAAAUAUGGAUAGGUCUAAAGACUUGAGUGCGUUAUUCAAGAUGCCAAAGGAUCCCGUAAUACACGCUGGCUUGGAGCCACCUGCUCGAUGUGAUAACACGAAGGAGGAAAAAUUCUUCCCUGAAUACUUGAAUUAUCAGAGCUGUAUUAAGAGUUUAGCAGAUAGGAUGAGAUAUCAAGGAGUUUUUUUAAAUAACAUGGAGUUGGACAUGAAACUCGAUGAGACUUUUUCAGACGUGGUGAGAAACCAGUUCAUGAAGGAUACUGACGAUGAGGUUCAGCUUCAAAAUGCUCAACGUUUCAUUGAGAUCUAUGAGACGGUAAGAUUCUCAGGACAAGAAGUGACAAGAAAACAAUUUGUCGAUUUUGUAUCAUUGGCGAUCUAUCUCGUCGACGUAUCGAUGACAAUGGAUAAGAAAAAGCAUACACGACGAUCGAGCAGUAGGCUACAAGUUCAUAGCAAGCUAGAUGAUGACCCUUGGGAGAAGGAAGUCUCAAGAGAUCCCAGUGAGUAUUCCACAUAUCCAAAUCGAAAUGUGGACUAUGAAAGGAAUGAGGAGUCUUCGUACGCGGACACUUGCUCUGUUCUAAGAAGAAUGAAUACUGGUGCCUCGGUCAGUAGACCACUUUAUAGCCGUAGAUACUCGGGCUAUUGA